AUGGACAACGUCCUCUCGACGUCGGCCGUCGAUGCCCAGGUCGACGCUCUCCGCCAGCAGAUUCAGGCUACCGAGGACCAACUAUCCCAACUACGAGAACAGCUGGCCCAUGCCGAGCAAGUCCAACACCGCGCCCGAGAUGCAGGCAAGCUCGAGACCGACUGGCAGCAAGAGAUCAUGGGCGCGCUGAACAACCCUCAGCACCAGUACUAUCAGGAACCGGACCCGCAACAGCGAUUUGCUCUCAGCAAUACAGAGUUCCAACGCUAUGCUCGUCAACUCAUCAUGCCCCAGGUCGGCCUGCAAGGUCAACUGCGAUUGAAGGCCGCCCGAGUCCUCAUCGUUGGUGCUGGAGGUCUUGGUUGCCCGGCUGCUGCAUACCUCGCUGGCGCUGGCGUCGGCACUCUGGGUCUGGUAGACGGCGACACCGUAGAAGAGUCGAAUCUCCAUCGCCAAAUUGCCCACUCGACCGAUCGUGUCAACCUUUUCAAGGUCGACAGCGCAAUCACUUAUCUACGCGCCCUGAAUCCUAACAUCGUCUAUAUACCGCAUAGAGCUCAUCUUACUCCCUCAUCUGCAUUGGAUAUCUUGUCCAAUUAUGAUUUCGUACUCGACUGUACGGAUCAUCCUACUUCGCGCUACCUUAUCUCGGAUGCCUGCGUCUUGUCGGGGAAGCCUCUGGUAUCAGCCUCGGCUCUGCGCACAGAAGGCCAGUUGACCGUUCUGAAUUAUCCCCCGCGAGCUCCUGGUGCAUCGGACGGCGGCCCUUGCUACCGUUGUGUCUUCCCACGCCCACCUCCUGCUGAGUCCGUAGUCAGCUGCGGUGAAGGCGGUAUUCUGGGACCCGUCGUAGGCGUCAUGGGUGUUCUCCAAGCCUUGGAAACUCUCAAACUCAUCACCUCUGCUCCAGACGCAGCAGCACCUUCGCCAUCCCUUCUUCUCUUUUCCGCCUACAGCAUACCUCAAUUCCGGAACGUCAAACUGCGCUCAAGACGUGCCGACUGUGCUUCAUGUUCUGCAAACCACACAGUCACAGAGUCCAGUCUGACUUCUGGAUCAAUGGACUAUGUAGCCUUCUGCGGCGUCACAAAUCCCGUCGAUGUAUUGCCACCUUCAUCCCGCAUAAGUGCUGGUGAUCUUCUUUCUGUCCUUGCAUCUGCAUCGCCUCACGACGACGAGGGUCCAAUUCUUCUGGACGUCCGCGAUUCCACGCAGUUUGAGCUGUGCAGUCUUCCUAACAGUAUAAAUUUGCCGUGGCAAGGCUUGCAAACCCGUCUUCGCGACGACAAACAGAUCAUCGAGGAUCUCAAGGGUAGAGAUGUGUUGGUGGUUUGUAAACUGGGCAACGACUCUCAACUCGCUGUUCAGAUGCUAGCUUCCACAACCCCGGAAAUCAACAGUAUAAAAGACGUACGAGGAGGUUUCCGCGCAUGGAGAGAUGAAGUCGACUCUGAAUGGCCCGAUUACUAG